GUUUUAUUAUUUUGUGAUGAUUUUUAUAACUGUUGUUUGCUACAAGACCGUUACUUACAUAGAAUAUCACAACCAGUUUCGUACAGGAUAGCUAAGGUAUAAGAAGUGUAUGUCUUUAGAAGUGUAAAACUGUAAAUCUUGGAAGAAAAGAAACAGGGGUGUUAACGAAGAACAACGAUACAUGCAAACAAUGGUGCUUUGGUCAGUAACGUUGUUAUUUGCUCUGAGUCUAACAGUUUGUGUUGAUGCUGUCGAGCAAGAACAAAGCAAGGCGAACACGUACCUUAUUGAUAAGUGGGGAAAAUUCUUUGAAUUUGUUGAUUUCAAUCAUGAUGGACUUCUUUCAUUGGAAGACCCCAAAGUAUUUGAAGGACGUUAUAAAACCCGUAGUGAUCUGACAGAUAAGCAAAUAAAGAAGAUCAUAAAAGAAAUGGAUAAACUGUGGAAUGUCUUCUUUUUCCAAAACAAGAAAGAACUCUCGAAAGAUGAUCUCAUAAACAUGAUGAAACAAAGUUAUGAAUCCAACGCAACUGCUUUAGCUGAGAAGGUGCGUGUUUUUGCAUCGGAUUGGUGCAAUUUGAUAGACUUAGAUGGAGACACAUUCCUUUCAAAAGAUGAAUUCAUUAUGAACUUUGUUGCCGGAACACACAACAAUACCCAAAUAGACGAGCGUUUUUUCUACAUGUACAAUCCUGUUAAUGAGCGUUUCCCCAAUGACGAAAUCGUCCAGUCUUUUGUUCUGUUUGCAACUGAGCCUGAUAAGUCGAAACCGGACAUUUUCUUAAAUGGAAUAAAUAUCGGAGUUUAAAUAAAGAUUAAUAACUUGAAACGUAUGAUGAAAUUUACUUUUGAAACAAGGACUCCGAUAUAAUAAAUUGUUUAUUCGCA